AUGAGUGUGUUUCACUCCUCUUUAGGACAGAAUAGUUUUCUCCGUGCAUACUCUCCUGGGAAUAUCAUCAUUGGUGGACUUUUCCCCAUUCAUUUAAAAACUAAUAGGACUAACACUUCUGCACCUCUCUCCUGUAGUGACUAUGGUUUAAAAACAUUCCUGCACAGUCAAGUGAUGAUAUACGCCAUCAACAAAAUCAACCUACCUAACAUCACGAUAGGAUACGACAUCUAUGACACUUGUGGAGAUGUCGGCCUCGCCUUGAGAGCAACUCUCCAGCUGCUGAAGAAUCAGUCAGACCCAGAAAGCUGUUUAGUGUCAGCAGAUGCUCAGUUCAAGUUACUUGAACCCAAAACCAAGGUGGUGAUCGGGGAAAGGUACUCAGAAGUAUCAAUAGCUGUUGCACGACUUGUUGCUCUGUCUUCAGUUGCCCAGAUUAGUUAUGCAUCCACAAGUGAGCUGCUGAGCAGCAAGUUCAAGUUUCCCACUUUUCUGCGAACCGUGCCUAGUGACAAAUAUCAGACAAGAGGUAUUAUUGAGCUGGUGAAGAUAUUCCAUUGGAAAACAGUGAUUAUUGUGGGAAGUGAUGAUGAGUAUGGGAAAUAUGGCAGUGAUAGCCUUCAAGACAACUUCAACAAAAAGAGCAUCUGCAUUGAAUGUGUUCACAUCUUGUCCGCUGAUUUUACGACAAACAAUAAUAGCAUGGACCAAACUGAGCUGAAUGAACUACUGGAAAAAAUUCAAAACUCUUCUGCUGAGGCCAUCAUCAUCUUCACAAAGGACACUAAUGCAGAAAUCAUCCUGGAAGCAGCUAUUGAACACAGAGUCAACAGAACGUGGAUUGCAAGUGAUGCAUGGUCCAGCUCUCCAAAGAUCUCUGCAAUGUCAGACAUCAAACUGGCAGGAGAAGUUUUUGGGUUCAUAUAUAAGCAGAAAGAGGUGCCUGGAUUUAAAGACCAUGUCAUGUCGAUGUUUAAUGGAACUAAUAACACAAUUCUUAGAGAUUACCAGACGCAGCAUCUACUUUCUUUAAAUAAGUCUGAAGAAGAAAGAAACCAAUAUCUGGCUUCUUACAUCGACCAGGAUGAAUCUUAUGGUAUCUAUAUAGCAGUUCGAGUCAUUGCUGAAGGGCUCAGACGCUUGCUGAAGUGUAACGACCAUCUGUGUGAACGAAGCUCCAGUUUCACAGCCUUAGAGCUUCUAUCGGAAAUCCAGAAAGUAAACUUUACUGAGAACAACACACAAAUAUACUUCGAUAGUGAUGGAGAUCCCAGUUUGGGAUAUGAUAUUGUAUACUGGAACAGGUCUGAUUGCAACAAGAAUUCAACAUGCAAGCAUUGUGAAGAUGGGGCAUAUUCUCAUCCUAAAGAGAAUACAUGUUUGAAAAAAAGGGAUGACUAUCUCGAUUGGGAAGAUCCCUUCUCAAUCAUUCUCAGCUCCCUUGCAGUCGUUGGGAUCAUUGCUACCGUUGUGUUUGCUGUUCUGUUUGCAGUAUAUCUGAAAACUCCCAUUGUGAAAGCAGUUGGAGGUUAUUUGUGUUUUCUGGAGCUUUUUUCCUUGGUGGCUGGCUUCUGUCUUACAUUCACCUUCAUAGGCAAACCUACUGAGAAGAUUCACUGUGUAGGUGUUCCUCUCUUCGGCAUAGCCUUAACUCUCUGCAACUCUUGCAUUCUGGCAAACUUGCUUCAGAUCUUCUUGGGCUUCAAGUUUGACCUUAAGGCAGAGUCUUGGAUAAAGAAGCUGAAUAAGCCAUUGGUGGUGGUGACCAUCAUCUCUGGGAUUCAGUUAGGCCUAUCUGUCUCAUGGCUGACCAAAGAACCACCACAUCCUGACAAUAAAUCUUUAGAUUACACUAUCCUAUACAACUGUAAGAUUGAGCCCCAUACAUACUUUAUAGCCAUGUUAGUCUACAACACUUUCUUGGGCCUUAUUUGUUUCCUGUUUGCAUACAAAGGUAGACAGCUGCCAGAUUUGUACAAAAAUGCUUCUUUGAUCACCAUCAGUAUGCUGCUGUUUGUAGUCAUGUGGAUCAUCUUCCUCCCCAUUUAUUUGACCUUGACAGGGAAAUACCAACCAGCAGUACAAAGUGCAGCCAUCCUCACUUCCUGCUUCAGCAUCCUUGGUUGUCAUUUGGCCCCAAAAUGUUAUAUUAUGUUGUUCAGGAAAGAGCUUAAUCAUGAGCGCGCCAUUGCUGAAUACAUUAGGAAGUUUUAUGAGCAAAAGGGUAUUUCUGUGGUCCACUCGCAGUGUCACACUUAA